UACCCUGGGGCGGGAAGGGGUGAACUUCGGGGUAAAGUAUAGUUGUGCCGCAAGGCUUCUACUUGACACUUUUCACCGGAAGAGCGCGGUCAGGGUUGGGAUUCCGCACUGCAAGCAAGAUGCUCAAGUCCAAGACUUUCUUAAAAAAGACGCGGGCGGGGGGCGUGAUGAAGAUCGUGCGCGAGCAUUACCUGCGGGACGACAUCGGCUGCGGCGCGCCCGGGUGCGCGGCGUGCGACGGUGCGCACGAGGGGCCGGUCCUCGAGCCGCAGCCCCUGGAUCCUGCGAGCAGCCUGUGUCCCCGGCCGCACUACUUGCUUCCCGACACCAACGUGCUGUUGCACCAGAUCGAUGUUCUUGAGGACCCUGCCAUCAGGAAUGUGAUUGUACUACAAACAGUUCUGCAAGAAGUGAGAAAUCGGAGUGCUCCGGUAUAUAAACGAAUCAGAGAUGUGACUAAUAACCAGGAGAAGCAUUUCUACACGUUCACUAAUGAGCACCAUAGAGAAACUUAUGUAGAACAAGAACAGGGAGAAAAUGCUAAUGACAGGAAUGAUAGAGCCAUUCGAGUAGCAGCAAAAUGGUACAAUGAACAUUUGAAGAAAAUGUCAGCAGAAAAUCAUCUACAAGUCAUCUUCAUAACAAAUGACAAAAAAAACAAAGAAAAAGCCAUAGAAGAAGGAAUACCAGCUUUCACUUGUGAAGAAUAUGUAAAGAGCCUGACUGCUAACCCGGAACUCGUAGAUCGUCUUGCUUGUUUGUCUGAAGAAGGGAAUGAAAUAGAAAGUGGAAGAAUAAUAUUUUCAGAGCAUCUUCCUUUAAGUAAGCUACAACAAGGCAUAAAAUCUGGGACAUACCUUCAAGGAACAUUUAGAGCAAGCAGGGAAAAUUACUUAGAAGCUACAGUAUGGGUUCAUGGAGACACUGAAGAAGAGAAAGAGAUAAUCUUACAGGGACUUAAAAAUUUAAACCGAGCUAUUCAUGAAGAUAUUGUGGCUGUAGAACUUCUUCCCAAGAAUCAGUGGGUGGCACCAUCUUCUGUGGUUUUACACGAUGAAGGUCAAAAUGAAGAUGAUGUGGAAAAAGAAGAGGAGAGAGAACGCAUUCUUAAGACUGCUGUAAAUGAAAAAAUGUUAAAGCCCACAGGUAGAGUUGUAGGAAUAAUAAAAAGAAAUUGGAGACCAUAUUGUGGCAUGCUUUCCAAGUCUGAUAUUAAAGAGUCAAGAAGACAUCUCUUUACCCCUGCUGAUAGGAGAAUCCCUAGAAUUCGAAUAGAAACCAGACAGGCUUCUGCAUUAGAAGGACGGAGGAUUAUUGUUGCUAUUGAUGGUUGGCCCAGAAAUUCCAGAUAUCCAAACGGACACUUUGUAAAAAACUUAGGUGACAUUGGAGAUAAAGAGACUGAAACAGAAGUUUUGUUGCUGGAGCAUGACGUUCCCCAUCAGCCUUUUUCACAGGCUGUUCUUAGCUUUCUUCCAAAGAUGCCCUGGAGUAUUACUGAAAAGGAUAUGAAAAACCGAGAAGACCUGAGACACCUGUGUGUUUGUAGUGUGGACCCUCCAGGAUGUACUGAUAUAGAUGAUGCUCUACAUUGCAGAGAACUGGAAAAUGGAAAUUUGGAGGUUGGUGUUCACAUUGCAGAUGUUAGCCAUUUUAUUAGGCCAGGAAAUGCUUUGGAUCAAGAGUCAGCCAGAAGGGGAACAACUGUGUAUCUUUGUGAAAAGAGGAUUGACAUGGUUCCAGAGUUGCUUAGCUCUAAUUUAUGUUCCUUAAGAUGUAAUGUUGACAGGUUGGCAUUUUCAUGUAUUUGGGAAAUGAAUCACAAUGCUGAAAUCUUAAAAGUGAGGUUUACCAAAAGUGCCAUUAAUUCAAAGGCUUCCCUUACAUAUGCUGAAGCUCAGAUGAGAAUUGAUUCUGCAGCCAUGAAUGAUGAUAUUACCACUAGUCUCCGUGGACUAAAUAAACUAGCUAAAAUUUUGAAAAAAAGAAGAAUCGAAAAAGGGGCUUUGACUCUUUCUUCUCCAGAAGUUCGAUUCCACAUGGACAGUGAAACUCAUGAUCCUAUAGAUCUGCAGACCAAAGAACUUAGGGAAACAAAUUCCAUGGUGGAAGAAUUUAUGUUACUGGCCAAUAUCUCUGUUGCAAAAAAAAUUCAUGAAGAAUUUUCAGAACACGCCUUGCUUCGAAAACACCCAGCUCCCCCUCCGUCAAAUUACGAAAUUCUGGUUAAGGCAGCUAAAUCCAAGAAUUUGGAAAUUAAAACUGAUACAGCCAAGUCCUUGGCUGACUCUUUGGACCGGGCAGAUUCUGCGACUUUUCCAUAUCUCAACACUCUCUUAAGGAUCUUAGCCACUCGCUGUAUGAUGCAGGCUGUGUACUUCUGCUCUGGAAUGGAUAAUGAUUUUCAUCACUACGGCUUAGCAUCGCCAAUAUACACACAUUUUACUUCACCCAUCAGAAGAUAUGCAGACGUCAUCGUCCAUCGGUUGUUGGCUGUGGCUAUUGGGGCUGACUGUACUUAUCCAGAGUUGACAGACAAACACAAGCUUGCAGAUUUAUGUAAAAAUCUCAACUUGCGGCACAAAAUGGCUCAGUAUGCCCAACGUGCAUCAGUGGCUUUUCAUACCCAGUUGUUUUUCAAAAGCAAAGGAAUAGUAAGUGAAGAAGCCUAUAUUCUAUUUGUAAGAAAGAAUGCUAUUGUGGUGUUAAUUCCAAAGUAUGGUUUAGAAGGUACCGUCUUUUUUGAAGAAAAGGACAAACCAAAGCCAAGGCUUAUUUAUGAUGACGAGAUACCUUCCCUUAAAAUAGAGGAUACAGUGUUUCAUAUAUUUGAUAAAGUUAAAGUGAAAAUCAUGCUAGACUCAUCUAAUCUUCAGCAUCAGAAAAUCCGAAUGUCCCUGGUAGAACCACAGAUACGAGGAAUAAGCAUUUCGGCUGAUACCCCAAACAUGGACAUUGAUGAACCAGAGAGAAAGAAGAAGAAAUGUGAGAAAUAGCUACAGUCAACAAAGAAACUUGGAAGACUGGUUUCCUUAAAAAAACAAAACCAAAAAAAAAAAAAAAAAACC